AAAUAAUAUUUUCAAAAUGUGGCAUCACUGAUAUAUUCUGCGAGAUUUUUGGUCGGAAGUUUUGUUAUUAAAUUUAAUAAUAAAAAUGGAAAAUAUACCUCUAACUCAUGAAGAUAUUGAUGCACAAAUAGCAGAUAUUCAAACAAAAAAAAAGGAAAUUCAGAAAACUUCUAAUAGCGGUGUCGGUUUAUUAGACAGUGGUGGUUUUUUCGAUACUGAUUUAUACGAUGAAUCAGGUGGUAAGGGCAAAAGCCGAUAUGAAGGCUAUAACACUUCGAUUGCGGCAAACGAUGAAAUUGAUGAAGACGAGGAUGAGGGAUUUCCAGUUCCUCAGAAGCGUGUAACUUAUACAGCACCUAAUUCGAUUUUAAAAGACGUUACUCAAGGUAGUGAAGAUGUAGAUCCGUUAGCUGAUCGCCGGCGUCCAACCAUUGCCGAUCGAGAGGAUGAAUAUAAGCAAAAGAGACGUCGGAUUAUUAUUUCACCAGAACGUGCCGAUCCGUUUGCAGAUGGUGGAAAAACACCUGACAUUGGUACACGCACAUAUACUGAUAUCAUGCGAGAACAAAUGCUAAAAGGUGAAGAGAGUGAGUUACGUCGAAAAAUAAUAGAAAAAUCUAAGGAUGGCUCUCUUGUGAAAUCUUCUAGUGCUGAUAUGGCAAGAGAAGGUACACGCAAACGUGGUCGAUGGGAUCAAACUGUUAGUGAUAGCUUCGUACCCGCUAAAGUCGCUGCUACUCCUAGUAGUGCCGCAACACCGACUUGGGAGGAUAAAACUCCUGCAGAUCAUAGAUGGGAUGAAACACCUGGCCAUAAAGGUAGUGAAACUCCUGGUGCUACUCCCGGGCUAGGAACUAGAAUAUGGGAUGCCACACCAGCGCAUGCUAUGACACCAGGACACGAGACUCCAGGUCAUGAAAAAUCAGCUCGUCGAAAUCGAUGGGAUGAAACACCAAAGACAGAACGUGAAACUCCAGGUCACAGCGGUUGGGCAGAAACUCCAAAACCUGACCGCAGUAUUAGCGAUAAUAUUGUUGUUGAAUCAACGCCUGGGGCAUCGAAGCGCAGAUCUCGCUGGGAUGAAACGCCAUCAAAUGCAACUCCUUCAAUGACACCAUCGGCUAUGACCCCCAGUUUAACACCAAGUAUGACUCCACACGCUACUCCAGGUCAUGUUACUCCAAUGUUAACUCCCGGUGGCACUACUCCAAUAGGAGUAAAAGCAAUGGCAAUGGCAACACCAACACCUGGUGCUUUAGCCGCAAUGACACCAGAGCAACUGCAAGCAUAUCGUUGGGAAAAGGAAAUUGAUGAACGUAACAGACCAUUUACAGAUGAAGAACUUGAUCAAAUGUUUCCACCUGGCUAUAAAAUUCUUCCUCCUCCUGUCGGCUAUGUUCCACUUCGAACUCCAGGACGUAAACUUAUGGCUACGCCAACUCCUAUAGCAGGCACACCUGCCGGAUUUUUCAUUCAAGUUGAAGAUAAAAAUGCUAAAUUUAUGGAUAAUCAACCUAAAGGUCAAAAUUUGCCAUUUAUGAAGCCUGAAGAUGCACAAUAUUUUGAUAAAUUACUUGUGGAUGUAGAUGAAGAUACAUUGUCACCAGAGGAAUUAAAAGAACGUAAAAUCAUGAAAUUGUUAUUAACCAUAAAGAAUGGUUCUCCGCCAAUGAGGAAAUCCGCUUUACGCCAAAUUACUGAUAAAGCACGUGAAUUUGGAGCUGGUCCCUUAUUUAAUCAAAUUUUACCAUUACUUAUGUCUCCAACAUUAGAAGAUCAGGAGCGUCAUUUAUUGGUUAAGGUUAUUGACAGAGUACUCUAUAAGUUAGACGAUUUGGUGCGUCCAUAUGUACACAAAAUUCUUGUCGUUAUUGAACCUUUACUUAUUGACGAAGAUUAUUACGCUAGAGUUGAAGGUCGUGAAAUCAUUUCAAAUUUGGCAAAAGCUGCAGGAUUAGCUACUAUGAUUUCAACUAUGCGUCCAGAUAUAGACAAUAUUGAUGAAUAUGUGCGUAAUACUACAGCACGAGCAUUUGCUGUUGUUGCAUCGGCAUUAGGUAUCCCAUCGUUGUUGCCGUUCUUAAAAGCAGUUUGUAAAUCUAAAAAAUCAUGGCAAGCUCGUCACACAGGUAUCAAGAUUGUACAGCAAAUAGCUAUAUUGAUGGGCUGCGCAAUUUUACCACAUUUGAAGGCACUUGUCGAAAUCAUCGAGCAUGGAUUAGUUGAUGAACAACAGAAGGUACGUACAAUCACUGCUCUGGCUAUUGCUGCCUUGGCUGAAGCAGCAACCCCAUACGGUAUUGAGUCAUUUGAUUCCGUUUUAAAACCGUUGUGGAAAGGUAUACGUACACAUCGCGGUAAAGGUUUGGCGGCGUUUUUAAAGGCUAUUGGUUAUUUGAUACCAUUGAUGGAUGCAGAAUAUGCAAAUUACUACACACGUGAAGUAAUGUUGAUUCUUAUCCGUGAAUUUCAGUCACCUGAUGAAGAAAUGAAAAAGAUUGUAUUGAAAGUAGUAAAACAAUGUUGUGCUACAGAUGGUGUUGAGGCGCAAUAUAUAAAAGAGGAAAUAUUACCUCACUUUUUCAAAUUCUUUUGGAAUCAUCGUAUGGCACUUGACCGUAGAAAUUAUCGGCAAUUAGUAGAUACGACUGUUGAAAUUGCGAACAAAGUAGGUGCUUCAGAAAUUAUUAAUCGUGUAGUAGAUGAUUUAAAGGAUGAAAAUGAACAAUAUAGAAAAAUGGUUAUGGAAACUAUUGAAAAAAUAAUGGGUAAUCUAGGUGCAGCUGAUAUUGAUUCAAGAUUGGAAGAACAGCUUAUCGAUGGAAUUUUAUAUGCUUUCCAAGAACAAACUACUGAAGAUGUUGUUAUGCUGAAUGGUUUUGGUACAAUUGUAAUUCAGUUGGGAAAACGCGUUAAACCGUACUUGCCACAGAUAUGUGGUACUAUUCUUUGGCGUUUAAAUAAUAAAUCCGCAAAAGUCCGUCAACAAGCAGCUGAUUUGAUAUCCAGAAUUGCUGUGGUCAUGAAAACAUGCCAAGAGGAGAAACUGAUGGGCCAUUUAGGCGUAGUAUUAUAUGAAUAUUUAGGUGAAGAGUACCCAGAGGUCUUAGGAAGCAUUUUAGGUGCAUUAAAAGCAAUAGUUAAUGUUAUUGGGAUGAUUAAAAUGACACCACCAAUUAAAGAUUUGUUACCUCGUCUCACACCAAUUCUUAAAAAUCGUCAUGAAAAAGUGCAAGAAAAUUGUAUCGAUCUUGUUGGCCGUAUUGCUGAUCGUGGUCCAGAAUAUGUAUCUGCACGUGAAUGGAUGCGUAUAUGUUUUGAAUUGCUGGAGCUAGUAAAAGCACAUAAGAAGGCUAUACGGCGAGCUACAGUUAAUACGUUUGGUUACAUAGCAAAAGCUAUUGGUCCACAUGAUGUAUUGGCUACACUUUUAAACAAUCUGAAAGUACAAGAAAGACAGAAUCGCGUUUGUACAACUGUUGCCAUUGCUAUUGUUGCUGAAACUUGUCGACCAUUUACCGUAUUACCAGCGUUAAUGAACGAAUAUCGUGUUCCAGAAUUAAAUGUUCAAAAUGGUGUAUUGAAAUCACUUUCAUUUUUAUUUCAAUACAUUGGAGAAAUGGGAAAAGAUUAUAUAUAUGCCGUUUGCCCACUAUUAGAGGAUGCAUUAAUGGAUAGAGAUUUAGUACAUCGACAAACAGCUUGUGCAGCUAUAAAACAUAUGUCUUUGGGUGUUUAUGGUUUUGGUUGCGAGGAUGCUCUCAUUCAUUUGCUUAAUUAUGUAUGGCCAAAUAUAUUUGAAACCUCUCCACAUUUAGUACAAGCGUUUAUGGAUGCUGUGGAUGGUUUACGCGUUUCCCUGGGUCCAAUAAAAAUUCUACAAUAUUCACUUCAAGGAUUAUUUCAUCCAGCACGCAAAGUACGGGAUGUUUAUUGGAAAAUAUAUAACUCCCUUUAUAUUGGUGGACAAGAUGCGUUAAUUGCUGGGUAUCCGCGUAUAACAAAUGAUCCAAAAAAUCAGUAUGAGCGCUAUGAACUAGACUAUACUUUGUAAAAGAAAAUAUAUGUAUUACGAAUAUAAUACAAAUGUUUUCAAAUAAAUUAUCAAAAUGACAAACUAUUUCUUAAUUUCAACAUAAGAUGCAAGACAAAUAUAAAUUAUAAAAAAGUAAAUUCAUGUAAAGUAGUUUAGUUGCACUAGUAGUGCAAACUUAACCAGCAAUGAAGCCCCGCGGAAAAAUAAAAUUGUCUUUUUUUAAAAUUUAUUUACCUAAAAAAUUAAAUGUAACUUAAAAAUAUAUUUUGCACGUGUUUGAAGAUGCGCAAAGAUUAAGAUAAAGCUUCUCAUACCUUUUGUAAAGAACUAUCGUUUUUACGGUGAUCCGAAGUGAAUCGUUACCAUUACAGUUCUACGUGCUAGCUCAAUGUGUUGCUAUCAAAAUAUAAAUUGCAAAUAAAAUAAGAAUUGAUUUUUGUUCAAUUUA